AUGGAAAACACGUUUCUCCUUGUAAUUUUCUCCCUACUCACCUCUCUGUUGACCGUUAUCUUAACAAUCACGUCCCACAAGAUAAUUAAUGGUAGAAGGACCAGGCAAAGGGCAGUCGGUUUCUUCCAUCCAUACACAAACGAUGGUGGAGGUGGAGAAAGAGUGUUAUGGUGUGCCGUUAAAGCAAUUCAAGAAGAAAGUCCUGAUCUUGACUGUGUUAUUUGCACAGGAGACCAUGAUUCCACUUCAGAAAGCUUGAUGACUCGUGCCCUUGAUCGAUUUGGUGUUCAAUUACUUGCCCCACCAAAGGUGGUGCAUUUGUAUAAAAGGAAAUGGAUUGAAGAAACUAGCUAUCCUCGGUUUACUAUGAUUGGCCAAAGCUUUGGUUCAGUUUAUUUAAGUUGGGAAGCUUUGUGCAAGUUUACUCCUUUGUAUUUUUUUGAUACUAGUGGAUAUGCUUUCACAUACCCAGUUGCUAGAUUGUUUGGUUGCAAAGUUAUUUGCUACACGCAUUACCCUACAAUCAGUUUGGAUAUGAUUUCUCGUGUUCGCGAUCGGAGCUCCAUGUACAACAACGAUGCUUCAAUUGCCAGGAGUGGUUGGCUAUCACGGUGCAAGAUCGUCUACUAUACAUUUUUUAGUUGGAUGUAUGGAUUUGCAGGCUCCUGUGCACACCUCGCAAUGGUGAACUCUUCAUGGACUCAAUCUCAUAUUGAAAAACUCUGGAGAAUUCCAAACCAUAUUAAGCGAGUAUAUCCUCCUUGUGAUACAUCAGGGCUUCAGGUGCUUCCUUUGGAAAGACCAGCAGAAACUCCUAUAUUUAUAUCUGUGGCUCAGUUUCGUCCUGAGAAGGCACACCCUCUUCAACUUGAGGCCUUUUCAGUUGCCAUUAGGAGGUUAGAUGCAGACAUGCCGAGACCUGUGCUUCAGUUUGUUGGUAGUUGCCGAAACAAAUUUGACGAGGACAGACUGCAGAAAUUGCAGGACAAAGCAGUUGAAUUGAAGGUAGAUGGGGAUGUACAAUUCUACAAGAAUGUGAUGUAUAGGGACUUGGUGAAACUUUUGGGAGGUUCUAUAGCAGGAAUGCAUUCUAUGGUAGAUGAACACUUUGGCAUUAGUGUUGUGGAGUAUAUGGCUGCAGGUGCCAUACCAAUUGCUCAUAAUUCUGCUGGGCCAAAAAUGGAUAUCGUUCUAGAAGAAGAUGGACAGCAAACAGGAUUUCUUGCCCAGAAUGUAGAAGGUUAUGCAGAUGCCAUCCUCAAAGUUUUAAGCAUGCCAGAAACUGAGAGACUCGAGAUGGCUGUGGCUGCAAGGAAACGCGCAGGCCGAUUUUCUGAGCAAAGAUUUUAUGAAGAUUUCAAAGCUGCAAUUCGACCAAUAUUAAACCAUGUUUCCAGAUGA